GGCCUCACCCGCCCCGCCGGCUCCAUUGGCCGUGCGCUGCGGGGCGGCUCCCAUUGGCCGGGCUGGGUCCUCCCAGGAAGUUUGGGGUGGGAGGAAAAACUUUUUUUUUUUUUUUUAAUUAAAAAAAAAAAAGAGGAAAAACUCAGGCAGGCAUGGUGGGGCCACGGGAACCACCCGGCCUCUGAAGCUGCCCCGCCGCCCUGGCUGCCAGCGCCCGCUCCCGCUGCGCCCCCGCCAUGACGCCAGAUCUCCUCAAUUUCAAGAAGGGAUGGAUGUCCAUCCUGGACGAGCCAGGAGAGUGGAAGAAGCACUGGUUCGUGCUGACCGACUCGAGCCUGAGAUAUUACAGGGACUCGAACGCCGAGGAGGCCGAUGACCUCGAUGGCGAAAUCGAUCUCCGCUCCUGCACAGACGUGACAGAAUUUGCGGUGCAGCGCAACUACGGCUUCCAGAUACACACGAAGGAUGCCAUCUUCACGCUGUCGGCGAUGACCUCGGGCAUCCGGCGCAACUGGAUCGAGGCGCUGAGAAAGAACGUGCGCCCCGUCAGCGCUCCGGAUGUCACCAAGCUCUCCGACUGCAACAAGGAGAACACGAUCCGUAACUGCGUCCCGACAAAGGGCUCGCUGCGGGCAGAGGAGCAGCAGCGGCCGGGCUCCGAGGGCAGCGCCAAGGGCAGCCCCUGGAAAGCGGACGGGCAGCGCCAUGCCUUCGACUACGUGGAACUGUCCCCCUUGCAGCAGGACCCCCACAAUCAGGGGUCCCCGCCGAGGACGAGAGGGAGCUUGAGGGUCUCGGAGCGAGCGCCCAAGCACGAGGAUCUGGAGCGGGAUCUGGCUCUCCGCUCAGAGGAGAGGCGCAAGUGGUUCGAGAGCCCCGACGGCGGCGUCCCCAACACCGACGGCCCGGGGGGGGACUCGUCCCGCAAGGCGGGGGAGCCGGAUCUGCCCACCACCCCGCUUUCGGAGGAGCAGCGGGUUCGGCUGAACGAGGAGAUAGAGAAGAAGUGGCUGGAGCUGGAACGCCUGCCCUUGAAGGACUCGCGGCGGGUGCCCUUGACCGCACUGCUGAACCAGGGCAAGGGAAGCCACGGAGACCUCAACGAGGCGCUGAAAAAGGAGGUCCAGUCACUGCGGGCACAGCUGGAGUCCUGCCGGGCCAAAAACGAGAGCCUUCGGGAGGCGACAAAAUCCCAGGGGGACGGCCACGUGCCCCGGGGGUACAUCUCUCAGGAGGCCUGCGAGCGCAGCCUGGCCGAGAUGGAGUCGUCCCACCAGCAGGUGAUGGAGGAGCUCCAGAGGCACCACCAGCGGGAGCUGGAGCGGCUGCGGCAGGAGAAGGAGCGGCUCCUCGCAGAGGAGGCUGCAGCCACAGCAGCGGCCAUCGAAGCACUGAAGAAAGCCCACCGAGAGGAGAUGAACAAGGAGCUGGGCAGGACACGAAGCUUUCAGCAGUGCGGCUCCAUCUCGGAUGCCCUCCAGAAGCAGCACCAGUUGGACGUGGACUCCCUGAAGCGGGAGCUGCAGGUGCUUUCCGAGCAGUACUCCCAGAAGUGCCUGGAAAUCGGGCAGCUCACGGAGAAAGCGGAGGAGCAGGAGCAGACACUGCAGCGCUGCCAGCAAGAGGGGAAGCAGCUCCUGCGGAAGAACCAGGAGCUGCAGACCCGCCUCUCAGACGAGAUCGGGAAGCUGCGGAGCUUCAUCUCCUCGCGGUGCUCCGGGGACCGAUCACAAAACAACGAGCGCAGCUCCUGCGAGCUGGAGGUGCUGCUACGGGUGAAGGAGAACGAGCUGCAGUACGUGAAGAAGGAGGUGCAGUGCCUCCGGGAGGAGCUUCAGAUGAUGCAAAAGGACAAGAGAUUUGCCUCAGGGAAAUACCAGGACGUCUACGCGGAGCUGAACCACAUUAAGGUGCGCUCGGAGCGGGAGAUCGAGCAGCUGAAGGAGCAUCUGCGCCUGGCCAUGGCGGCCCUGCAGGAGAAGGAAUCACUGUGCAACAGCGUCAGCGAGUAACGGUCUGUUCUUCGUUUGUUUAUCUAUUCUUGUUUUUAAUUUGCUCCGUUCCUCACUUGUGGGGAGGGGGAGGUUGAAUCCCAUCCGUUAUCGCCUUGGCACGACGUCCCCCCUCCCCAGCCAGCCUCCCCUCACACCCCUCCUGAAGCUUUCGAUGAAGCCCUUCAACCCCCUCUCGCCUGCAUAUCUGAGCACGUUGUUUGGACUGGCUCCUUACAUGCACCUUCUUUGGGACUUUAUAUGUGAAAAUUAUAUUUUAUAGAGGAAUUUUUGACUUCCCCCAGGAAGAAGGGGAAGAGGAGGGGGAAAGCUUUGACAUCACCAGCGUUUUCUAACCUGAGAAAAAAGAGAAUCUCUCCCCCCUUUCCCCAGCCCUGUUGCUCCCGGCCAUGCAGCCACCUCUGGCACUUUUUGUGCCCUCUAUUCCCCCGGCCUCCGCGGCCCCACGGGGACAUACAGCGAGGACGCUGCUCCACUGGGGAGAAGACACCCAAAGCCAUAGGAGGGAGCCGACGGGGCCGCAGCUGUGCUCGCCCGGGACUUUGAAAGAGGAGACCUUGGCAUGAGGCUGCGUGAUCGAGCUCUCAGUGACUGUCCUCCGGCUCUGCCUUGGCAGAGCCUCAACCCCCUGGCACCUCCCCACCCGCCCUCCCUUGGGAUGGGGAGAACCCGCCAAUUUUGGGGGCAGAGGAGCUGCUGCCGUGCUGUGCAGUCAGCCCUGAGGUGGGAGCUGCUGCUCUGCCGUGCCCUUCACUUCUUAACUUAAUAAAAUCUUUCCAUUUUGCUGAGA